AUGCCUGAGCUUCACCAAGGAUACGCGCAGUUUUACAAGUUCUUCUGGGGUAAACAUGAAAAACCAGACGGGGAGCUGUUUAGCGAGACACAACGGAAUAAAGUUGAUACUUCGAAGGACUUUUCCAAGGCAGAUUCCGGCCGUGGUUUUUGGGAAACUGUUAUCGUUGAAACUCUUCCCGAGAUAGUCGUGAACGAGAAGUACAACCGUGCCAACUUCUGGUGGCCACCCUACCAUCCCCGAAGUACACACAAGGAGAACUCGCUUCAUUUUGCCCGUAACUCUAAGUCGUACAUGGAUGUGCAAGGAUACGGCGUGAUCAACCGGUCUGAGAUACCUGACAAUACCAUGUCUGAUUUUCGGGGAGAAUGGGGCGAUGAUGAUCCAUACGAUCCAGGGUUCAAACUCCAUGCGCCCACGUACUAUUUGGCUCUUCCCAUCCGUAAAGGAGGAUUUCAACUCGGAGACCAUCUCUGGCUGGAUACCGUCAAACCUAUCCGUGCUGUCUACUUCCCAGUCUUCUUCGAGGAGUCAGAAACAUUAUGCCGAUAUGGGGUCUACGUGAAACUUGACCUGUUGCAUCUGGAAAAGAACCACAUUAUCGGGCCCGAUGUGUCCUGUCCGAAGGAUUGGCGGAAGCUCGGCCAAGCUAGUGCCUACGAGAUCGGGAAAGAGGGGGUUAACUCCUGGAAGCAUACGCUUGUUAUUGAUGUAAUCAAGUACAUUUCCCUGGCAACAGUGCCCUAUGGCCAACGCAAAGUCGAGCCAAUGACUGCAGUUAAAUAUACCGACCCAAAUGCCAUUCAGACCCGUGAGGUCGAUUGGCACUUUUCCUGGUACUAUGUAUCAGUAAGCUGGGAGACCGUGCACAGCUUCGAGACCGGGAAGAAGAUCAAGGAGGAACAUCCACCGCCGGAGAAUUACAUUGCCCGCGGCAUUAGCGUGUUUAGCUUGAUUGGCGGCUUUAUCCCAAUCAUCGGGCCAGUCUUGACCAAGGGGCUGGGUGUGGUUGAGAAGCAGCUGGAGACAGGUAAACGGCCAGACUAUUGGGAAUUAAUUGGGAUUCCAAGGAAAGCCUGGGACGGCAUAGAUGAUCGUCCCCAGAAAGACUUAGUCAAAAAAUUGGAAUUGUUUGUCGACUUUCUCCAUAAAGAGGUUAUAUCAAAGUGA